AUGAAAUGGUUCAUCUUUCUUGGAUUGGUGUUACAAGUCUUAUUUGUAAUGGGUUAUCCUGAAUCCAAUCUUCGCUUAGAAGGACGUGACUCGAGUGGUCUGGAAUCGAUACACCCAAAGGAACUUUCCAAGCGCUCGACAGCGCCAAGCAACCCGGUAGUCUGUCCUGGUCAAGAGGGGAAGCCAUUCGUUUACGAUCUAAAAGUUUUUGGAAAAAUGGUCACUGCUCUGAUCUCGCGCCCAGCCUCAUGUGUUUACUUCUCAAACCUGGGUAUGUACGUCGAAACAUUGGAGGGAGAACCGGCCAUGUUUCAUGACUCCUCACCCUCAAUGGUUAGAAAUUACUAUGGCGCUUUGAUCAGCGACAAUUGUCAGGUUACCAGGCCUGUUAAGCUUAAAAGCAACCCUCCACCGAGCACGGAUGACCAUUUGGUCAUCAUGAUAAUCUUUUAUGAUACUUAUUCGGAUUCCAAGCAAGUUAUGACGUGCGACAAAGCGACGGAGGAUGACAUGCGUUCCGUGUGA